UAUCCGCCCGAUAGUGAUGAUGAAAGUGAAAAAUCUUAUGAACCUCCGUUUGGUACCGAAGGAUUCUUUGCAAGUAUUGUGUUUUUAUCCUUCGAGCAACGUGGUGCUUGAUGGUAGCCAUUACAACCACUUUUAUCUAUACUCUACUCUCCUACCGGGAAUUUUUUGAUGAAAAUGUAAUUAUCGGCAAGUCAUUUGUGAAGUUAGUAUGCUUUAUCGCAUAUUUCAUCAAUUUAAUUGACAUCAUUUCAUCAAUGCUUCACUUUUUCUCUUCGACGUUACGAGACAUGGAAGUAUACACCCGCAAACACUUUAUGCUAAUCAUCAUCGACUUUUUGUCAAUUGCCGCCACCAUUAUGGACUUCGGGAUGUUUUUGUGGCCUGGCAACGGAGUGAACACAAAAAUCGUGCUCGCUUUCGUCACUCUACGAGAAUAUCGCCUGUUUCAGUAUUUUCGCACCGUCACACGGAACCCACUAUGGCAGGGCCGUAUGCACGUCCUGCUCAAAUAUCUUCUGCUGACGUUCGUGCUCAAUCACAGCGCCGCAUGCGUUUGGAAAUUGAUUGCGUGUUUUGGUUGUAACGAUAGCGUCGGCCAUUGGAAUGAUAAAGUCGACGUAAACACCGAACCAAUUUCCUUGUACAUAAUAUGCAUGUUUAAUGCUUUGGAUUCUACAACAAAAAUGGGGUUGGUCGGUGGGUCUCCACGAAAUAAUCUUGAGUUUUUUCUUACGUUAGUCCUGAUGUUUUAUGGAAUGUUAAUAAACACUGGUGUAUUUUUGGGAGCUUUCACCGAAGUCCAAAUUAACGCUAACAGACGCAGAGCUGUGUACCAAACAAAAUUACGAUUAAUACAAGAAGAACUCGACAAUAGAUUGAUAUCAAAAGAACUCCGAGAAACCGCAAAUAUUUGGUACGUGAAUUUUUGGAUAAAGGAACACGCCGUGAUCAGAUGCUCGCUGGUCCACAACUUGCCAGAUAAUUUCAUCCGUGAUAUCAAGUUGGAUAAAUAUUUCAACGCGUUGAAUCGCAAUCAUUAUUUGAAAAACCUCCACAACGAAGUGAAAAUCGCCCUGGCGUUGAAAAUGUACACGCUGCACUACAACCAAGGCGAUGUAAUCCUCAAACAGAACGAGUCGCUGCUAGGGAUGAUCUACAUCGCCAAGGGCGUCGUACAGCUGGUGUCCCCCGACGACAUUGAAAGCCCCAUCAUCAUGUUCGAAUAUGGCACUUCGAUCGGCAGCACGUCGAUGCUCAACCCUAUCCCGAUGCCCUCGCAGCUGGUGGCUACCACUUAUUGCCACAUCCACAAGUUGGAUACAGUUGAUUUUUGGAGCACCCUUGCGCAAUGCUACAAGCUGAAACCAUCACGGCCGAUAUUCGAGACAAAUAAAUUUAUAAUGAACAAUGCACGGCGGAAGCAUCGCGAGAAACUCAGCUCGAGGCGCAAGAAGCGAGUCGACAAAACUCUGAAACUAGUCAAAGAUAUCCUUAAGAAAAAGGGUAGGUGUGAAGUUACCGGCAAGUUAUCCGAGAAUAAUCUACUUGAAGUUUAUCAAAUUAGCAAAGGUUUGGAUGUGAUCACGCACAAGGACGGCACAUUUCUAUCAUAUAAAUUCCCUUGGAUCCUCUACGAGAAUUGUCACUUUUGUGUGGUGUGGGACUACAUCGUGUUUAUCAUCGCCACAGCAGUGAUAUUAACCUAUCCCUACUUCCUCUUUUACCUGUCAAGCCCGCCGUCGGUCUACUAUCACUUCUUUCGCCCCGUGGCGUACACGGCUUUCGUGGUUGAUAUCAUAAUUCAAUUGUGCACUUCCAUGCUGGAUGAGCACCAACAGCUAAUUACGACCAUCUCGGAGCUUAUAUCCUAUCGCUUCGGAAAGCUGAUGUUCCUCAUCGACGUGCUAAGCAUCACGCCCAUCGAAUUCAUCAGCGCGAUGAAGGGUGCCAAUCUGACGGAACAGAUGGCUUACAUCGAAUGUAAUCACAUGCUGAAAGUUUUCCGAGUGUUCAGCAAGUUGGUGAACAUAACGCAGAGUUUGCAUGGAAAGGCCAGUCGCAUCGUGUUCUACGUCAUUUGCCUCCUCUACUUCGGAUAUUUGCAGGGGAUUAUUUACUUUAAAACUGCAUGCCCUCAAAGGCCGUGUGGGUCUGAUACGUGGAUCAACAUUCACCUUGACUACGUAGCACAGCAUUUGGGUGUGAUGCGAGACUCUAGCGAUUACGUGCUGCUGGUUGCCAUCUACGAUGGCAUGAUGUUGCUGACGGGCGCCGCGGGCGUUUUGAUCUCUGACUCAAUUCGCGAGAAAACCGUCCUUGUCCUUUUCUGCAUCAGCUAUAUGUACCUCUUCACUUAUCUCCUUGCGGAUUAUUCAGCCACACUCACUUUAGAUGGAUAUCUCCGGAAUCAUUUCCAACUAAAAGUCAAUAAUCUACGGAAUUUUAUGAUCGGUGCCAACAUGGAUAAGGCCAUAGUAUAUAGAUUAAACAUCUACAUGGAGACUAUUUACAGUCUGUCCAAUGGUUAUGUCCUACCUCAGUUUCUGGACGACCUUCCCGUUGUCUUCAGGCAAAAGAUAAAUGUCGAGAAGACAUUCCCGUUUGUUCAUAGGUUGCCUUUGUUUGAGAAGUUUUCACAGGCAGCAAUACUUCGCCUGCUCGGCAAGGUGAAAUAUGAAACUUAUCCAGCUAACGAGUACGUUGCGUACGGCGGCGAUCGUUGUUACAACAUGUACGUCAUUCAGCAGGGAUAUUGUGAGCUCAUCCGAAUUGGUCUGCGGAUUAAAACAAUGAUUGGACCCAAUCAAAAUGCAGGCUUUUAUGAGAUGAUUCUAAUGUUGCCACUUCUCCACGAUAUAAAAACCGUCACCAACGUGAAAUUAUUCUACCUCAACAUCAACGACAUCAAACAGGAAUUUCAAGCCGAUGAAUCAUUAAAGAUAAAUUUCGAAAAAGUUAUCGCCGAAACAAGAGCAUCAAUGGUAAUCAUGCGAGCUUUCCAUAUACAACAAGACAACGCAUAUAGAGAUCCCGUCAUAACCAACAUCAACCAACCGACAUUCAUCAGCUUCAAAGGUGGCAAACUCGAUCCCAAAACACUGGAUCUCCAUAAAGGUUGGCAGGGAUACUCAAUGAUCAGUUUCCUCAUGCUGCGGAAAACUUUGCGACCAGAUUCAAGAUUAAUUUACGUCUACGUACAGUUUCACGCAUUCGUGGCGUUCAUGUCGGCCAUUUUGUAUCCGUCGCUCUUUAUCCUCGAGUGUAUCGUGCCGUGGUACGGCGUGCUGCUGCUGUCGAUUCCUUGGGACCUGCUGUGUUUGAUUGACGUGUAUCUGCGGCUGCACGUGUGCUACUAUAAUUCAAGUGGACUUUUAGUUUGGCAUCCGCGGUACACGGCCGUCUACUAUCUGAAACACAGCUUUGCGGUGGACUUUUUCACCGCACUGCCGGUGAAGCUCGUCCUCGAUUGUGUGAUGUCGAAAAAAGAGGCCGCGUUCAUCGUGCUGCUGAAAGUUAUCCGUGCGUAUCGCAUUACGAACGGAUUCGCGUAUUUUCGACGUGACAUUUUGAAAAAGCCACCCACAUAUUUGCUGAUUUUGAACUAUUUAACCAUAUCGCUGGUGUUUUGGAACACGCUGACGCUGAUUCUAGUGCUAAUUUCCGUUGACCUGACCAACAAUCAAUAUGGACAGCCUGAAAUACACCCGCAGAACACGAGCUGGUUUUACACCAAAGUCAAUUCCGAAAUAACUUUUGAUCCCGGCGAGUACGUACCACCGCUGAAGAUUUACCUGCUCGCACUCUAUUGCAUCACGUGCUUUUCGCUGCAAAUCACCCUCGCCGACGUUGUUAUGAUACGCCGCGUCGAAUUGCUGUACAUAAUCCUAACGAUAAUUUCCGGCUACAUCUGGUUCACGUACAUACUGGUAAUCAUUGCCAAUACGAAAGCACUUUACAACGACAAUCUCACCAAAUACAAGGACAAUUUAAAUGAUUUAUGCAAGUUUAUGAAAGAACAACAUGUUCCCAAGCAUGUUAAAGGGCGUAAUAUAAGACAUUUCGAAUACAUCUAUCAAAGAAACCAAGGUUAUGGCGAUAAAGAAAUGUGUGACGAAUUUCAUCCGACGUUAAAGAAAGAUUUUCUCUGGGAAUUGUACGCGUCAACAUUAUAUAGCGUGCCAAUCUUCCACGGGCUGGAUUUAACGUUUUUUCAACAGCUAUGCGCGGAAAUACGCACUGUUUACUACUUGGAAAAUAACACUAUUGUCAGCGUCAACGAUGUAACUAACUGGGUGUAUAUUAUUUCUCGGGGUGCUGUUCAAGUUUCCAGCGCUGCGGGAUCACCAUUAGUUGUGCUCACAAAGGGCUCUAUUUUCGGAAAUCUGGAUAAUGUGGAGUAUUCAAGAAGUAUGUUCAAUUAUACAACCAUCACAACAUCCGAUAUUUUGUGUAUUCAAACCACAGAACUUUAUAAUAUCCUUAAAGAGAAUCCUACAGCCAUGUAUUCAUUGAAAAAUGAGUUGUAUCUCAAAAACUUUUAUUAUCUCGAAUCUGAUGAACGGUAUAACUCUAUCGAAACAAAAACAAAAAACCUAUCGACUUGGUAUAAAUAUUUAAUGUCGACCUGGCUCAAAUUCAUCUUCAUGAUUGUCUCCUUCCUGUCGUAUCAACUAGCCCUCUAUCACGUGGCAUUCCAAAGGCAUACAAUCUCCCUCUACACAGUUUCCUACAUUUUGGAUUUUCUGCACGUCGUAAAAAUUUAUUUAAUUUUUCGAACGCCGUUUAUGAACGAUGUGGGGGAACUCGUUGUGAAACGCAAACGUUUGUUGCGCGGGCCAAUCUAUAUUGACUUUUUCGCGUUAAUUCCAUUCGAAAUAUUUGCGCUGGCAUGCCCCCAGGGUGUCCUAUCGCUUAAUUUUUACAUUUCCAUCUUUCGAUUGAAUCGCGUGAUGAGAUUCUUAAAUAUAAAAUGGUCAAUGACAGCCACCCAUGACUAUCUCUUCAUCAACGCUAUAUUCCUCAAAGUGGUAUCGCUGUUUAUUUACUCUACGACCUAUUUACACCUGCUGGCUUGCGUGUGGUAUAUGGCCGCGUGUCCGAUGCACGUAUGCAGCCGAGGGAGUUGGUUGUACGAUAAAUACACGAAUCAAUCUAACUGCAAGACGGAUUACCUCUGCGCUUUGUAUUUCGUCACUUCUCUGGUGAGCUCGGCGGGUUUUUCAACGUGUACCCGCAGAAUACUCGAAAUCAUUUUUUGUACGAUAACAGUAGUACUGAGUAAGUUUGUCACCACUUUACUAGUGGCAAACAUGGCGGCGCUUGUCCGCCAUUUUGGAUAUCGCCUACAAAAGUACACAGAACGCGUGAAUAAUCUAAAAAUUCACUUGAAGAACGGACAAGUUUCUCCGUAUUUAACGCAGAAUAUUCUCAAAUACAUCGCGAGGGUCUGGCUGAAAAGUUACGGAAAACAAAUGCCAAAGUUUUUGGAAACUGGCCCUACACUUCUAAUUGAAGAGAUAAAGAUAUACGCGUUUGGGUCGCACAUAUUCGGCAACCCGGUGUUUCGUGAUUGCCACAAUGACUUUCUACGUUUGCUGACGACGCACACGAAAUUAGUCCGGCACUUCAUGGGCGACGUGAUUUGUAAUCAGGGCGAAAUUAAUGACACAAUGUAUUUCAUUCAUUGGGGACAAGUCGAGGUGCUGUGCAUCAGCGACAAACUCGAGAUGCAAGUGGAUCUCCUCGGACAACUCGACUGCUUCGGAAUGAUUCAAGGAUUAUUCCCCGACACACCGCAUUCGCAUCAAUAUAAAGCAAUGAGCAAUGCGGAGAUUGUAACACUCCGACUCACAGACUGGAUGCAAAUUCUCGCCUUUUUUCCAGCUGCAAAGUUUCACAUUUAUCGUACUAUUCGCGACCAUCGAGCGCUGCGCGUACACAUUCACAAUCCAGUAACGAAUUAAAAUCACCGCUUAAUCAUCCGACCUUGCUCGCAAGUCGUCACCUUAAUGCCCUGUUUCCGCACAAACGCGCCGUAAAUUUCGUGCUUUUGUUUUUAAUAAAAAUUAAUUAACAAUGUGGCCACACACAUGCAAUAUAUGCGCGCGGCGCGGGCGCGUUUAAUAUAAAAAUUUAAUAUUUCCAACGAGCGCAUUGCAGUUAUGGAACUUACUUUACAUAAAAUAACAAUAACACGAACUAGGAGCGCACUCGCUCAUAUUUGAUCUAUGUUUUGCACGACACACCGCAACAAUGGCAACGCCGCACACACUACACCCCCGCGCAUGUAAAUAUGGCGCGCGUUUUUGCAAAUUAAACGAACACGUUCGUUUUGUUUGUUGUUUCACGCUACGGAUGCGCCUGAAUCUAGUGCGAACACCACAAUACUAUCAUUCCGCUUAUUCAAUUCCAUCACAUUGUGUUGGGUGACGUGUGCAACAGGCCAGUUGCUUUUAAUUGUUUUAUCAUGAAAUUAUUUUUUCCUAUUUUGCGGCUAUCA